CAGUUUUCUUUAACUCGUGACUUGAAAAAAUCAAUUCAUGGAUAGCGAACUGUACAAGGCAGCCAUGGAAGGCAAUAUUGAAGUGCUCAGGCAACACGAGGACCAGCUCGGCCAUCAGUUGACCCCAAGAAACAACACUGUCCUCCAUGUGGCUGCCCAGUUUCCCGACAACACAGGAUGCGUCAAAGAAAUCCUAAAUUUGCAGCCAUCUCUACUCCCUGGGAUAAAUUCCAAAGGGGAGACUGCCCUUCAUAUUGCAGCCAGAUUAGGAUGCGACAACACCAUUAGAGAACUGCUUGAUUUUGCAAGAACACCCAGCCCAGUGGAUCCCGAGAGCGAAGCUGCAGUCACAAAGUUGCUCUUGUGGAUGACAACGUUUGAGGAGAAAGACACUGCCUUGCACGAGGCUGUUAAGAAUAAUAGCCUUGGUGUGGUUAAGUUGCUGGUAAAAGAAGAUCCAGAUCUCUCUGAUGUUGCCAAUAGUUAUGAAGAGACUCCUCUUUACUUGGCUGCUGAGAGGCGCCAUCUUGACAUUGUCUCAACAAUCUUGGAGACUUGCAGAAAGCCUGCUUUUGGCGGCCCAAAUGGCAGAACAGCCUUGCACGCCGCUGUCAUUGCCGAUUGCUCAAGUUGUGUGAAAAAAUUACUAGAUAAGGAUCAAGACUUAAUCAAAAUAGGAGACUCUUACGGAUGGACGCCACUUCAUUUUGCUGCGCGUUUAAACUUGGUUGCGCUAACCAACCAACUUCUUCACACGGAUAAAUCCAUAGCAUACCUCGCUGCAAACGAAGAUGACAAGAUGACGGCUUUUCAUUUAGCAGCUAAACGGGGUUCAUUUGGCAUGAUGCAAGUGUUUUGGUUGCACUGCCCUGAUUGCUCGGAAAUGGUCAACGAGAGGGGUCAGAAUGUUCUUCACAUUGCAAUAGAGAAUGAAAAUAGUGAUCUGAUCAAAAAACUUCUCAAAUCCCCAUUUCCCAUUAGUAAUAUGCUCCACGAGAAAGACACAGAUGGGAAUACACCUCUUCAUCUACUUGCAACUUCUCGCUGCAGCAUACCUGAACUGAUAAGGCACCCCGCAGCAGAUAAGUGUGCAUUUAACAAGAAAAAUCAAACUCCGAAAGACGUAAUAGUGUCUGAGCAUGCAUAUUUCUAUAAGGAGUACAUCAUGGAAUUAAGCAAAACAAACGCUCCCUCGGGCUGGAGAAACAUAGUCUCCGAAGACAAGGACAGGCUCGAGAAGUUGAGGUAUCUUUCAAAGGAAAGCAAGGUGAAAAAGAAUGAAGAGUUCCCUAAAGCUUACGACACCACAAUCCUAGUGGCCACCUUGAUAGCAACCGUAACCUUCGCCGCCAGUUUCGCCGUCCCCGGCGGCUUCGACAGCAACCAAGGCCCAAACCAAGGCAUGGCAGUUCUAGUAAGAAAUGCGGCCUUCAGAGCAUUUGUCAUCUCCAACACAAUUGCUUUGACUUUCUCCAUUUCUGCUCUGCUUCUCCUCCUCUUCAUAUCCUACUAUCAGGGUUAUGAUGACUUCUUCAAUAAGGCAAGAAUACGAUUUUUCUUGGCCCUGAAUUGCCUCACCGUAUCCUUGGCGGCAAUGAUGGUUUCUCUCAUCACCGGAAGCUUAGCUGUUUUGGCCACUUCCAUGGGUCUCGCCGUUGCCGUUUGCGCCAUUGGUUGUCUCGGCCUUCUCAUUUUCUGCGUUUUGCAUUACAAGUUCUAUCGUGACAUUUUCCGGCAGUUCAUUAAAUAUUUAUUUAUCUCAUUUUUGUUGGACAUUUCUGCAGCUGUGAGAGAUCAGGCAUGA